GAUUAUAUGGAAGACUAGAGAGAAUGGUGGUAGGUGGUAGGUGGUAGCCAAAUUGUACAUAAUUUACACUCAUUGCCACCAACCAACCUUUUUCCUUUUUCUCUCUCAAGUCUCAACUCAACAACCGAACUUGAUAGAUACUGUGAGUGUUUUUGUUCCUCAAUCAAUCUAAUUCUCCCAUUUCUCUUCCAAUGGCGUCUUCUCUUUCCACCAAACCAUUCUCAGCCGACGCUCUCUCCGCCUUCGCUUCUCUCAAUUCCGAUCUCCGAUCCCUCUCCCCCGCCUACCUCCGACUCUCACUCCGUCCUCGUCUUCCCAAGAGACUUCGCAUACAGGCGGCUGGGAGUACCUAUGGAAAUCACUUUCGUGUUACAACAUAUGGGGAAUCACAUGGAGGAGGUGUUGGUUGUGUUAUUGAUGGAUGUCCUCCUCGCCUUCCUCUCUCUGAAGCUGAUAUGCAAGUGGAUCUUGACAGAAGGAGGCCAGGUCAGAGCCGAAUUACAACUCCUAGAAAGGAGACUGAUACAUGUAAAAUAUUUUCAGGAGUUUCCGAAGGAAUCACUACUGGAACUCCAAUUCAUGUAUCUGUACCCAAUACUGAUCAAAGAGGACAUGACUAUAGCGAGAUGGCAGUAGCUUAUAGGCCCUCCCAUGCAGAUGCUACCUAUGACAUGAAGUAUGGUGUCAGAUCAGUUCAGGGUGGUGGUAGAUCUUCUGCAAGAGAAACAAUUGGAAGGGUUGCUUCUGGUGCUGUUGCUAAGAAAAUCCUUAAAGAAUUUUCUGGAACUGAGAUGAUAAAGGUGUCCAAAGCCUCUAAGAAAGAAACAUUCCCUCUUAUUUUUCAGAUUCUGGCCUAUGUCUCUCAAGUUCAUAAGAUUGUUCUUCCAGAGGACCUUAUUGAUCAUGACACUCUGACUCUUGAUCAGAUUGAGAGUAACAUUGUUCGAUGUCCAGACCCGGAGUAUGCAGAGAAGAUGAUAUCUGCAAUUGAUGCUGUGCGAGUGAGAGGUGAUUCUGUUGGUGGUGUUGUGACAUGCAUUGUGAGGAACUGUCCACGAGGUCUCGGUUCACCAGUAUUUGACAAACUUGAAGCUGAGCUGGCUAAAGCUGCAAUGUCAUUGCCUGCAACCAAGGGCUUUCAGUUUGGUAGUGGGUUUGCAGGCACCUUUUUGACUGGGAGUGAACACAAUGAUGAGUUCUAUAUAGAUGAACAUGGAAACACAAGAACAAGAACAAAUCGCUCUGGUGGGAUACAGGGUGGAAUUUCCAAUGGGGAAAUCAUUAAUAUGAGAAUAGCUUUCAAGCCAACAUCAACAAUUGGAGUUGGGAGUGGGAUCUCAAAUGGAGACGCGAACUUUUUGACUGUGAGCUGGAUAUGGCGGUGAGGUUUCUGGAAGAUUUACAAGGUACCAGCAUUCAUCCAGAAAGACAAGAUAAGUGGAUUUGGAAAGAGGACGUCUCGGGCAUGUACACGGCUAGGAACGGGUACAGGUUGCUCAUGGCAGAUCAAAUUAAUGAAAAUCAGGAUAGCGCUUUCACGGAGCUGUGGAAGGUCAAGGUCCCUAGUAAAGCUGCCUUCUUUGUGUGGAGACUUAUCAGGGACUGAUUACCCACUAAAACCAAUUUGCGCAGGAGGCAUGUGGAAAUUCAUGAUCUUACAUGCCCAUUUUGCAAAAAUAAGGAAGAGGAUGCAGCACACCUCUUUUUUACUUGCAGCAAGAUCAUGCCACUUUGGUGGGCAUCAUUAUCGUGGACAAAUACCACAGCCCCAUUUCCAGAGAACCCCCAUAUGCACUUCCUCCAGCAAGUGCUUCGAAAUGGAAAAGACACUAGCUAUCAAAAAUGGCAAUGCUGGUGGACUUCCUUGACAUGGAGUAUCUGGCAGCAUAGGAAUAAGAUUGUUUUUGAAGAAGAAAGGUUUAAUGCUAGUAAGAUCUUGAAGGAUGCCAUAUUCCCCUGCUGGACCUGGUUUAAAAAUCUGGUUAAAGGUUUUGACAUGCCUUUUAAUCACUGGUCCAGCAACAUGAAGGAGGCUUUUACGGGAUGAGGGGGGGAUAAUAAUUAUAGUGGGGGUAAUGGUGACACUAGCAGAAGGCUGGUACUAUGGUUUCUUAAUUCAUGUUGUAAACUAUGUAUUAGGUCACCAUAGUCUUACCUAAAUUGGUCUCUCUGUAAUCAUCCAGUACAACUUGUACUGUUACAUAUAUAAUACUAUUAUACUUUUGCUGAUUAAAAUAAAAAAUAAAAAAUUACUCAAUGAUAACACCAUAUAAUUUGACUAGCUUUGGGGAAUUGCAACAUCAAAUGUGAUCUUGAUUCUUUAUCUACUUAUUUACGAUAUGACUUUUUAUGUUCAUGCCAGAACCGAUAAUGUUGCCAAUAUAUGUUGAUUUACUCAUGCAUAUACAUUCAUGCAGUGUUGUUUUUCUUCAUUCUUUUCUGUUUGUUUUCUUUAUAUGUUAAAAAGGAUCCCUCCUAACUAUUUGUAAUCAUCUUCUAUCUAUCUUAAAAUCUUCUUACACACACUCACAUCUUUUCUCCUUUAAGUGUAAUGUGUUUGAACUUUGAAGUAUUGUAUUAACAUUUUUCCCUGUAUGGGAGAAACAUUAUUUAUGCUAUGAAAAAUAUUUAUACCUAAGGAGUUAAACAUAAAAAAAUCCCCCAAAAAA